UCGUGUGACGUCAUAAACAUGCGCUCCGCUCCUGCGUCUGUUGUGAUUCGGCUAAUGAAAGAAAAAAAACUCCUGGUGAAGCAACUGUGAUCCAUGUGACAUACUAUUAUAAAGAUGGCGUUUAUUAAAGAGGAGAGUGAAGACGUGAAGAUUGAAGAAACAUUCAGAGUGAAAGAGGAAGAUACUGAGGAACAAACAGACCUGAUGCCGCUGAAAGAGGAGUCUCAAGAACUCAAUGAAAUGUAUGAGAAAUAUCACUAUGAGAAGAAUCGUGAUUCUGCCAAUGGAGAAAAAUACACACAGACUGAAAAUACUUCCUUACGGAAAGAAGAUUAUUUCGCCUGCUUUCAAUGUGGAAAGAGUUUCACUGAAAAAGGAAACCUUAAAGUCCAUAUAAGAAUUCAUACUGGAGAGAGCCCUUACACCUGCCAACAGUGUGGAAAGUGUUUUACUCAAAAAGGAACUCUUAAAAGCCACAUGAGAAUUCACACCAGAGAGAUGCCUUACACCUGCGAACUUUGUGGAAAGAGCUUCAUGCGAGAACUAAACCUUAGAUAUCACAUGAACAUUCACAAUGGAGUGAAGCCUUUCUCAUGUGAUCAAUGUGAAAAGCGUUUCACACGUAAAGUAGGCCUUAGUAACCACAUGAGAGUUCACUCAAAAAAUUGUUUUAAAUGUCAUCAGUGUGGAAUGAGUUUCCCAGACAUGAAUCGUUUUAACAGGCAUGUGAUAAUUCACUCUGGAGAGAAGCCUUUCAAAUGCCAGCAGUGUGGAAGGGGUUUCAAAUGUAAGAAAAAUCUUAAGACACACAUGAUAAUUCACACUGGAGAGAAGCCUUUCAUAUGCCAUCAUUGUGGAAAGAGAUUCAGUCAUAAAGUAAGCCUUAAGACUCACACAAGACUUCAUACUGGAGAGAAGCCUUACACAUGCCCUCAAUGCAAAAAGAGUUUCACAUAUAAAUCAACCCUUAAUGCCCACAUGAGAAGUCACACCGGAGAGACCCCUCACACAUGCAAACUAUGUGGGAAGAGCUUCUCACAGAAAGGAAAUCUUAAGACUCACAUGAGAAUUCACACGGGAGAAAAGCCGUUCAUAUGUGGUCAGUGUGGAAAUGGUUUCAGAUGUAAAGUAACCCUUAAUUACCACAUGAAGAUUCAUUCAAGAGAGAACCGUUGUAUUUGUCAGCAGUGUGGAAUGACGUUCACAGACCGUAAACAACUUAAGGAUCAUGUAAUAACUCAUAUUGGAGAAAAGCCGUUCAUGUGUCAUCACUGUGGAAAGAGUUUCACACAUAAAGGAAACCUCAAGACUCACAUGAGACUUCACACUGGAGAGAAGCCUUUCACAUGCCAUCAAUGUGGAAAGAGAUUCAGGCAUAAUGUAAGCCUCCAAACUCAUGUGAGACUUCACACUGGAGAGAAGCCUUUCGUGUGUCUUGAGUGUGAAAAGAGUUUCACGUAUCAACGAGACCUGAAACGUCAUUUGCAAACUCAUUCUGGAAAGAAAUUGCAGUGUGAUAGGAGGUUAACAAAAAGGGGUCAUUUCAAAAGUCACCUUCCCAUUCACUCUGGAGGAAGGCGAUUUAAUUGUGAUCAGUGUAAUAAAAGAUUUAUCUUGUCGUCACACUUACAGAUACACCUGAAAAGCCAUGCGGAUGUGAGACCCUAUUUGUGUUCUAUGUGUGGAAAGAGUUUUAAAUGGCUCAGCAAUUUAAAAUGGCACCAGAAAAUACGUAUUUGUGUGAGAUCAAGGCUACGUGCACACCUCAGCUGAAUGUGACCCAAAUCUAAUUUUAUGCUACAUUUUUUUGAUCAUUUUUAAAUGAUCAACUGAUGCUCCUACAACGUUCCACCUUGGCAUAGUCAAUGAUUUGGAGAUGGCCGAGAUUUGGAGGUUUUUUGCUUUCUUCACCUAUAAUUUGCGUUGAGGCUUCUUUUCCUUUGGCAUGUGCAUAUGAAUGCUUGCGACAACAACUGACAGUUUUCCAAUCU